GCCGCCGCCUCGUCCUGCUUCUCCGAGGUGCCGCGGGGUCAGGCAGCGGGGCAGGCCGCAGGGCGCGCCCCGGGGCCUGCGGGGCCUCCCGGGCUCAGCAUGCCCGGGGUGAAGCUGACCACCCAGGCCUACUGCAAGAUGGUGCUGCACGGCGCCAAGUACCCGCACUGCGCCGUCAACGGGCUCCUGGUGGCCGAGAAGCAGAAGCCGCGAAAGGAGCACCUGCCCCUGGGCGGCCCGGGCGCCCACCACACCCUCUUCGUGGACUGCAUCCCCCUCUUCCACGGCACGCUGGCCCUCGCCCCCAUGCUGGAGGUGGCCCUCACCCUGAUUGACUCAUGGUGCAAAGAUAACAGCUAUGUGGUUGCUGGUUAUUACCAAGCUAAUGAGCGGGUAAAGGACGCCAGUCCCAACCAGGUUGCAGAGAAGGUGGCCUCCAGGAUUGCUGAGGGCUUCAGCGACACUGCUCUCAUCAUGGUGGACAACACCAAGCUCACCAUGGACUGCGUAGCGCCAGCCAUCCACGUGUAUGAACACCACGAGAACCGGUGGCGGUGCCGGGACCCACACCAUGACUACUGUGAAGACUGGCCCGAGGCCCAGAGGAUCUCGGCGUCGCUCCUGGACAGCCGGUCCUACGAGACGCUCGUGGACUUCGACAACCACCUGGACGACAUUCGGAAUGACUGGACGAACCCCGAGAUCAAUAAAGCCGUGCUGCACCUGUGCUAGGCCGGCGGUGCGACUGGCCCCGGGGCACCCACUCCACUGAAGAAGAAAAUCUAUUUUUAAAUGCAGAGUAUCUCACCGCCCGUGUGAGAGCUGGCGGCUGUAAGACCUGGCCUGUGCCUUGCAGGAGGGCAGAGUGUCCGUCAGUCGUGACACCAGGUCUGGCAGAGGCACGGACUGCCCACGCUGACCAGCCCGUGGACUCCUGCCCGCUUGUAUGUCGCUGUACCCUUCCAGGUCAAAGCUGCUCUGCUUGUCCGAGAUGGUUCCUAUUAAAACAGUUUUAACUAACCUUU